UCCGAUGGAUAUGGAAAACAAUGGUGCCAGACGACAAUUGUUGAAGACAGUUCUGCAGGGACGCAAUAGGCAAAUGGAGAGAAUCCGGUUCACGGUGGUGAGUGAACCACCCGAGGAGGAGCAGCAGCACAGGGAGUGUGAAGAUGUCGGGGUGGCCUUCGUGAGCAUUCCUGAAAUUCUGGAGAAACAACAGGAUUUAACAGAGACGGCUGUGAACAUACUGGAUAUAGAGGACAGCAGCGUGGUCGUCGGCAGUCUGACUGUGUCUGUGGAGGGAUUGGAGGCUCUGCAGUCCAUCAUGGAGGACCCGGACCAAGAGUGAACCUCUCCUCUUUCUUCUGCUUCCAUCAGCAUGGAGCACCCUGAGAAAAUGACCAAUAA